AUGAUUUCAUUACGUAGUAAAGAGAACGAAGAGUUCAAAUUGUGUAGAGAAUCUCUGAAACUCUCUAUAACAUUAGAUCAAAUGGUGGAGAACUUGAGGCUCACAGAGUUGGAUCUCCAGAAUACUUCCAUCCCUCUACCGGCUUUAACUUCCUCUACUCUUAAAAAGGUGGUCGAUUUCAUGAAUAAUAACUCCAAUGCAACUUUAGUACCUGAACCUACACUUUAUAAAAGAUUUGCUUUAUCGGAAGAGGAAAAGGAGUUUUUAAGCUUUAGCGAAGAAGAGUUGGUUGAUCUUCUACACGCAGCCAACUACUUAGAAAUACCUAAUCUCAUUAAUAUUAUCACUCAAAAGAUUGCGAAUCUCAUCGAGGGAAAGUCUAUCGAUGAAAUCAAAGACUUCUUCAUGAUACCUAAUGAUCUCGGUAAAGAAGUAGUUAAAGAGUAG